AGCACGUAGUCUUUGUAUGCCACAGGUGGGUAUGCUAAAAUCCAAAUGAUUAUAAAAAUUAAAAAAUCAAAGCCACCGGUGUUUCUCGAUUGUAAAGUUGUUCUGCGCAAGAAGUUUUUUUUUUCGUUUUGGAAAUUUUGAUUCAGUUUACGACCUUGUCAACGAAAUUUUCAAGCUCUAUUCUGUAUAGAACUUGAAAUCGGUACCUAUCUACCUAAAAUGAGGAUAAGCAUUGUCGUAGUAUUUUUCAUCAUGAUGACGAUUUUUGACCUACCCGGUGCAUUUGCUCCAGAGGGUGAAUCGGGUGAAGAUGGGGAAGUACAAAAUGGUACAUUCGAUCUAGAAAAAGGAAAAAAUGUGUUAAUCACAUUGCUGGACUAUAUUAAUAAUCUUGGAGCUUUAACAGCUGGCCUAAGUUACGAUUCUAUUAAAUCUGGAAUCAACAAUGCCUCAGAUCUCGACAGUUUAAAAACAGCUGGUAAAAACAUACUGUACCAUAUCACUACUGCGAAGAAUCUUGUACGCAAGGGAAAAGCGAAUCUGGAUGUCGCAACAGCAAUGAAAAAAACAUUCAAAGCGUACAUUGAUGGUUUUUGGGCAUUAUUAGAUAAUGCUGGACUUGAUGGUAGCGAUAUCCCUUUAGGAACAGAAUUGCGUGAGAUAAUACUAGAAUUGGACGAAACGUGGUUGGGUGAAGGAGCUUACGGCACUGACGGCAUCUAUACUCCUAAUGAUUGGUGGAUAUCCCGAUGAUUUUGCAGAGAUAAGCGGUACGAUGGUGUAGAAUGAAUAAAUUCACACCUUCUGUGAGUAAACUCUAAAUUGACCUAUUUUAAAACAUCAUAUAAGUACACAUAUUUAUAAAAUAAUAAAAAAGUAUUGAAUAUCUUAAGCUGGUCCCUAAAUACAAAUUGUAGAUCUUAUGUUUUGGCGAAUUUGUUUUGUUAUUAAAUAAGAACUAGUUUUAUUCAUCAACUUUUUUGAAUAUUACUCGUUAGAAAAUACAU